AACGAUAACCAAGGUUACAGCUCUUUUGGAUAUGGCCAAGUGGAAAGUACAGAGAAGUCUUUCACCCUUAGAAAACAUAGAUGACCAAGGUUGGGAUUCAGACCUGGACUGCAGGUCUUUCCGACACACUCUUAGAUCCCUAAGUCCCCUUGCGCUCUCAGAUCUGGACUUUUGGGAUAGUAGGUCUCUUUUAAAAGCUCAGACAUCAGCAUGGAGUUGUUUGGGGUUAUCUGGAUCGUCUUUUCAACCAAAAAUCAGUUCCAGCCAGUGUGUGCAGAAACACAGGGAUUUUUUGGGCAUGUCGAAAUGGUCAUCUGCAUCCCGUCUAGCUCCAGAAGGGGCUCCACGGUCACACACAUCUACCGAGGAGCUUGGGCUCAGGGCUGCCCUGGAGGAAAGCACCACGAGGAGGGCAGAGCUCGUCCAGAAACUCUGUGAGGCCAAAGUUCACCUGGACAGUCAGACAGACCUUCGAAAAUCCAGGGAAAACCAGCUUCAGCAAAGCCAGAGCGUCUCGCACAUUAUGGAACUCAAACAGAAGCAGCUGUCUGAAGCAGUUAGUGCCCUUGAACAAGACAAGGAAGCUGCAGAGCUGAGUCGGUUUGAGGAAAGCCGCCGUCACGGAGAGCUGCAGGACAAGAUUCUGCAGCUAGAGAUGGAUAUUUUAAUGAUGAGGUCAAACCUGGAGAGAAGGACCUCCCCUGCCUCACCAAACCUAAAAAACCCUCUCAGCAGGACUCUACCUGUUACAAAAGAUGACAGCCUCAGACAGGGACAGAAGCAUGCUGAAGAAGAGCUAAAGAAGCUGAGAGAAGCUCUCAGAGAUGCUGAGGAAAGAGCCGAUGACCUGAAAUAUGAGAAAGAUGAUGUUCUGAGACAGCUCCACUCUUCUAAAGAGGGUCAGCAGGAGGCUCUGAACCAAGCUGAGGUGCUUACACAAAGACUGAGCAGCUCUGAACAGAUCCAGAUAGAGCUUGAAGACCAGGUAACUGAGUCCCGUAGCCAUCUGGGACAAAUGGAGUUGGAAAGAGACCUGUUGUCCACUAAGAUGCGAAGACUGGAAGACAGUCUGGAUGACCUGAAGGCCAAGCUAUCUGCAGCUUUAAUGGACAAGGACCAUCUUAUCCAGGAGAAAGUUGAAUUGCAUCAAAGAGUCCAGGCUUUGGAACUGCAGUUGCAAAGAGAGCAGAAAGGCAAACAGGGUUUCAAUGAGCAGGUGUAUGAGCUUCAUUCUGAGCUGUCACAAGCUAAGAGCCAGACCAACAGACAGAAGAUGGACACAAUAUUAUUGAAGGAGGAGCUGCUUUCCAUUAAAGAGUUGAACGAAAAACUGUCGUCUGAUCUGAACAAAGCUACUGAGAGGUUACAGGUGACCCUAAACCAACUAUAUGAGCUUGAAGCAGAGAAACUGAUUCAAACCAAUCAGAUCACGGCACUGGAAAAUGAGCGCUUGCAGUUGAUUGGAGAGAAGGAGGCACUGAGAAAGGUCUUUGAUGAUGGAAAUCAAGAUGAGAAUAAAGAGCUAAAAGUGAGAUGCUACCAAAAUAGAGAAUUACAGGACAGUCUGGAACAGGAGAAUCAGAAUCUGCAGGCGAAAUGUGAAGACCUGGAGAAAAGAGUACAAGUCAUGGAGGCGGAGAAUAACAACAAGGAGGAGGAGCUACAGCGUAUGGGGGCAGAUUUUGAGCAGGAGAAGGGGCAGUUAAUGAAAGUGACAGCUCACUGGAAUGAGAGAUGGUUGGAUGUGGCGAUGACGUUGACCUCGACACAGGCGGAACUUGAGAAACUCAAGAAACAACAGCAGGAGAAUGACAAAGUGUCUCUUGAAGAGAUGGAUGGAGAGUUGGUGCAGGUGAAAGCAGAGCUGCAGAGGGUGUGGGACAUGCUGAAGAUCAGAGAUACCCAGCUGGAGGAACAGCAACAGGAACUGCAGUCCGCUCGCAGCAAGGCUUCAGAGAAAUGCAAUGAGGUACAAAGACUGGAGCAGAUACUGGCAGAGAGAGAACAGGAACUUAAAGAAAAGGCGCAAGAUCUGAAGAACCAGGAGAUACAGCGAGAGACAAAUAAAGCAGUGGCUCAGAUCCAGAUAUCUUCUCAAGAACAUGAGCUUCUUGGAAAUAAAGACCUGCAAGCAGGAGAGGAAGUGGUCACUAGUGACUGCAGUCCUCAGGACAUUGAGUCACUGAAGGCCAUGCUGAAAGAAAGCAGAAGGAGAGCUGAACAGCUAGAGCAAGAAAGGGACUACGCCUUACAAAAAUUGCAUCAUAUUAGACCUCCCCAGCAGGUUAAAACAGGAAAAGUAUCGCCACCACCAGAGACCACAAAACAGAGACCUAUUGGUUCGGCGCUUGUAGAUCCUAACCAACAGAGGAGGCUGAUCACUGAGCAGCUGAAAAGUCUGUUCAAAGAGAGAGAGCAGCAUGGAGAUAGGUCUCCAGUGCUCCCAAAAAGACCUGGCUUGUUCGAGAAUGAGGUCCCAAAUGCUAAAAGUACAAUGAACCAGAAUGCUGUUGAAAGUCAGGGAAGAAAAUCACAGAAGCUGGAACAGGAGCAAGAUCUCCAGCAGGGGGCAGCAAAGGAGUCUUUAUUUCAGACCAUAGUCUCUCCAGGACACGAAAAGAGGUCUGAGAGAGGGGAGGAGAAGAAACAGCUAAACAACCUGAAGACCCACACCAAUGUAAUAUCUCAUCGCCGGAAACAAACUUUGAGAGCAAGAGCACAGCCUAGUGGUGAGAAAACAUUCACAACCUGUGUGCCCCAUUUACAAAAUUUGCUGCAAGAGAGGAACCAGCAGGGAAAAUCCCCCCCGGACUCUAAUGAUGGAACAUUCCAUGCAAGGCAGAUUGAGGUUUGUGACUCAGAUGAGGAGGAUGCGGAAGAGUCUAGAAUGCUGCUGGAAUAA